AGAAUAGAUUUGAGGGAUGGGUUUGGCAGUUGGCUUUUUAUCAAACACCAACAACCAGCAGCCUACGGUAGAGACCGCGUUGAAGUCAAACCUCUCUCUCUUCCCAACAACAAGAGAUUCUAGAAAGAUCCGUUGCAUUCCGAAAUGGACGGAGCGCCGCCCUCCGCCGCCGUCGGAACCGGAGGCCCGGCGCCGUUCCUUCUGAAGACCUAUGACAUGGUGGACGACUCCUCCACCGACGACAUCGUUUCGUGGAGCUCCACCAAUGGCAGCUUCGUCGUUUGGAACCCGCCCGAGUUUGCUCGCCUUCUUCUUCCAACCUAUUUCAAGCACAACAACUUCUCCAGCUUUAUUCGCCAGCUCAAUACCUACGGAUUUCGAAAAGUACAUCCUGAGCGAUGGGAAUUUGCUAAUGAUGAUUUUGUGAAAGAUCAAAAGCAUCUUCUUAAGAAUAUACACCGCAGGAAACCUAUCCACAGUCAUAGUCAUCCUCCAGGUUCUCCAGUAGAUCCAGAACGGGCAGCAUUUGAGGAAGAAAUAGAGAAACUUUCACGUGAGAAAACUGCUCUUGAAUCCAAUAUUUAUAGCUUCAAACAGCAUCAGUCAACAGCAAAGCUUCAGCUGGAAGAUUUUCUGCAACGAUUAGAUGGUAUUGAGAAGAGGCAGAAACAAUUGCUGAACUUCUUCGAGAAGGCUCUUCAUAAUCCUACUUUUGUUGAACAUCUUUCACGCAAAAUUGAGUCCAUGGAUUUAUCAGCAUAUAAUAAGAAAAGGCGAUUGCCUCUGGUUGAUCACAUGCAACCAGUUGCUGAAAGUAACUUUAUGGACAGUCAUAGCAAUUUUAGAAUGGAAUUUGGGAAUGUUUUCCAUCAAGAUUUCUCAAAUAAACUCAGGCUGGAAUUGUCACCUGCUGUUUCAGAUAUGAACUUAGUAUCACGCAGCACCCAGAGCUCAAAUGAAGAGGGGGGAAGCCCACAGAAGAAGCUGUCUGAAGAACCAAAAGGAGUGCAGACAAGAACAGCUCUUGCAUUUCCACCUGAAACAUUAGAGCUUGCAGAUACUGGGGCAUCGUUUACUUUUAAAAUGGAUUCAUGUUUAUCACGAAGAGCAACAACUGCUGAGAGCCCAAAACUGCACUCUUUGGAGCCAAGUAGUGAAGAAGGUGAUAGUCAUAUAUCCUGCCAACUAAAUUUAACUUUGGCUUCUUGUCCAUUGCAAGUCAACAGAAAUUCAUACUCAGCCAGAUCACCCCAAAUAGACUGUCAAGAAAUUGGCAAAUUGGCAGAAUCGAGAUUUUUUGCCAAUGGUAAAGAAUCUGAUAGUGGAGUUUCCUCAAACCGAAAUGUAGCUGCUGAGACUGCCAAUUUAGCUUCAUCACAUGAGGCUCCAAGUAACAACCAAGUUAACCCUGCUGCUCCAGAUAGAGUGAAUGAUGUAUUUUGGGAACAGUUCCUUACCGAAAGACCAGGUUGUUCAGACAAUGAAGAGGCAAUAUCCAACUACCGAGCAAACCCAUACGACGAACAAGAUGAAGGGCGAUCAGUUCAUGGAAUCUCUAGAAACAUUAAGAACAUGGAUCAGCUCACACUUUGAGCACGCUGUCUUAGAGCAAAGUUAGUAAUGGUAUGAGAUUUCCAUGAUUAAUAUACAAUAUAAUUUGCAAGGGGCUGAAAUCAUUCUGGCUUACUGCCUGAUGUCUCUUGUGAAAAAUCUGAAAUCCUUACCAGCUUUGAGGACUGAUGGAUAUAGUGUUAAUUGGCUGCUUGGGUGGGAUGUAUAUAUAUUCAAGUUUUGGAAUGGCUUUCACGCAUAUUGUUGUAAUCUUUUGACUCGGGGGUUUUUCCUCCAUGUUUGUGGAGAGAGCUAGCAGUAGGUAUUUGAUGAAUAGCAUCAACUUUACUCUUCAUUACAUGGUGGAAAGUUGUGAUGGAAUUCCAACUAACACAACACGGAAACUGUGUUGUUCACUGAAUGAUCAGAUGCAUAAUACUAUUAUAGUACUAACUGUUCGGUAACUAAGGAUUGUCGACACCAGUAACCAGGAUGUCUCUGGCCAUGAUGAUUCUAAAGAGAUAUAAUUAUAUGUUGUCU